GUCUUAAGGGGCGGCGAGCGCAGGUCGGAUUUCCUCCGAGGCUGCCGAUCGGCUGAGCUCCCACCUUCCCUUAGCGCUCGCCGCAGCCGCCUUGCCCCGCGCCCUCCGGAGACCGGGACGGGACCAUGAUGUGGACACGCUGGCUUGCGCUCGCGCUGGUGGCGGUCGCCUGGGUCCACGCCGAGGAAGAACUAAGGAGCAAAUCCAAGAUCUGUGCCAAUGUGUUCUGUGGAGCCGGCCGGGAAUGUGCAGUCACAGAGAAGGGAGAGCCCACCUGCCUCUGCAUUGAGCAAUGCAAACCUCACAAGAGGCCUGUGUGUGGCAGCAACGGCAAGACCUACCUCAACCACUGUGAGCUACAUCGAGAUGCCUGCCUCACUGGAUCCAAAAUCCAGGUUGAUUAUGAUGGACACUGCAAAGAGAAGAAAUCUGUAAGUCCAUCUGCCAGCCCAGUCGUUUGCUAUCAGUCCAACCGGGAUGAGCUCCGGCGUCGCAUCAUCCAGUGGCUGGAAGCAGAGAUCAUUCCAGAUGGCUGGUUCUCUAAAGGCAGCAACUAUAGUGAAAUCCUAGACAAGUAUUUUAAGAACGUUGAUAAUGGUGACUCUCGCUUGGACUCCAGUGAAUUACUGAAAUUUGUGGAGCAGAAUGAAACUGCCAUCAACAUCACUACCUAUGCCGACCAGGAGAACAACAAGCUGCUUAGAUCACACAGAGGAAAGAAUCAGAAGGGGGCCCAGACCCAGACAGAGGAGGAGAUGACCAGAUAUGUCCAGGAGCUCCAAAAGCACCAGGAAACAGCUGAAAAGACCAAAAAAGUGAGCACCAAAGAGAUCUAAAGAGGAGGCAUCUGGGAAGGGCAUCCAGAGCCUGGCACCUUCUCUUUCACUUCAGCGCUGAGUCCCGUAUAUCCAAGUGUCUGCUACAAUCGCCGAAUCACCAGUAUUUGCUUGUAUAGCGAUGAGUUUUAUUUUGUCUAUUUGUUUUGCAAUAAAGGAAAUGGGGGUGGCUGGCGAGGAGGGGAGGGGCCGUAGCCUUCAUUUCCAGGAGUGCUUUGGGAGAAGCUGUAAAUGGUGCUCAGGGGCUGGAGACCAGUGAGGAAACUGCAUCAGGGUUGGGAGAAGAGCAGAUCUGAACAACAGUUGGCCACGGCUAUGAACGUCCUGCAGGGAGUGCGAGCGAUGCCAGAGAGAACUUGCAGGCUGCCCCAGAGGAGGGCUCUGGGAAGCCCAGCAGAGAGGCACACAUUCUGCGUCCAGCCCUUCCUGUUGCCAUCAGCAUAGUAGACGUCCAGCAUGUGUGCUUCUCGUGGUCCCAACCACUGCCUCUAGAUACACAGCCACCCUUCUGUUACCCGGUGUCCCUUAGACUUGGAGUUUCUGGGAGGGUGCAUACAAAUGAUGCAGAUACUUGUAUAACUUUGAGCCCCUUAGAGACCUAACCAAAUUUUUAAAAUACUUUUUACCAAAGGUGCUAUUUUUCUGUAAAACUUUUUUUUUUGGCAAGUUGACUUCACUCUUCAAUUAUUAUCGUUAUAUUAUUGUUGUGUUUUAAUAUUCUGUUUUCUUGACUAGAAAUUAAGCUUUUGUAAUUACUUUUCAGUAGUCCUGCAAUUUCAAAGGAGGGGGAAUUUGGGGUUCUUUUCUGGUGCAGGGACCACUAUAACCCAGAGCCCUCCCACCCUGCCACAUACUAGAGGCAGCCCAGAGUGGUGUCCCCUGGCUUCCAGUGGGUCAGCAGUCUGCCAGCGGGUGCCUCACACAGAAGCCAAGGGAAUAUGAAGCAUCUCCAUACAAAGCUUUUUAGAUCCAAAAAGCUAAUUUCUUUCCAUCUAUUGUGAUAAGUUCAUGCAAUCAGUAUUCCAAAGAAUGGAGACAAGUGCAGCCAAGCAGGGCUUGGAUAUCUCUGCUUAGAUAUCAAUAUGCUUAUAGAUCCACCACUAAUUAGGAGAGUGAUUUGGCCGUAUCUCUUCCUAUUUCUGGGCCUUGGUUUCUUCAGUGAGCAAUGCAUUAACCUUUCAAUUUGGUAAAUUACGCAUUCCCUGGUUCUGUUCAUUGGUCAAGAAGGAUACAGGUUCCUAUGAUUUUCCUUUUCCUUAGGAUAAAUGAAAUCUGACUGUUACAACAAAAAUUCAGGUGGCCAAAAACAAGAUAAGCACAUCUAACCUCAGUCUGCACGGCUGCACCGGUGGUGCAGUGAUGUAGAGCCCCUCUGGUAAUGUCUUCCCAGGAAGAGAAUGGGAAGGAGAACAACUCCACUUUGUCAUCACUUUUGCAUUCCAUCUUUACAUCUUUACCUUUCUUGGAAAAAGAAAUAGUUUUCCCUUUCAAGAUGAGGACAGAAGAUGGUUUCACCUUUUAUGAGGGGGGAGGGAAUAGAAAGUGAGUCUUAAAACUGUGAUUGAGGAGAAGACCAUUAUUCCUGUAUUUUGGACUCUGUGAUGAUUAACCCCACUAUUUGCCGUGUUUAAGAUGCAUUUGGAAUAACAAAGAUGAAAAACUCGACAUAAGCUCUCAUCUUCAGAAAGCAGAUUACAGACCAUCAGAGGGAAAUUAUGUAGAUUGCACUGCACUGGUGAUGCUGAGAGCAUUGUGCUGAAUGUGGAAUUGCUUCUAAACAAGUUUCCUUGUUAUCCUUUGAAAGGAGAGCAUUCUGUUUUGUUUAGAAUUCUGAGCUUUUAGAUACAUCCCAUUUAAAAGCUCUCUUCGAGCCCUAACUGUGCAUCCUGAAAUUCACCUCCCUGUCCGGUUGCCUUGGAGAGCUUCCACAGCACACCUUGGUCAAGUUUUGCCAGGUCUUGGACACUGAGACAGAGGGCAGGAGUGCCAGUUUGUUUAAAGCAAGAAGCCAGAGUGUCUCCUCACCAGUUACAUUUCGGACAGUGGCAGCCACUUAAGAUUACCUUACCCUGCACCACGGAAUUCCCAAGAGCAAAUCUGCAUUCCUCCUGUAAAUAUGGACACUAUUGUCUGCACCAUAGAAUCACAUGAUCUGAUGACCAUUCAUGGAAAGCUGCUAAAUAGCCUAGUUUGGGGAGUCUUGCAUAGAGCUUCGUAUGGAGCAAAUAGGAUUAACUCGGGUUCAGUUCCUCCAGCUCUCUACAAGCACAGGGCUUAGACUGCAAGCUUCCUCGGGCUUUCUCAAUAUGUAUAUGAUUUUAUUAACAUACUACAGUGUCUGUUAAGAUUCAGUGUUCAUGAAAACCUUUUCACAUGUCAUGACUCUGGACUCCAUCACUGUUUUGGGAAAGCAGGGCUCCUCCACCUGCUAAUAAGCCCAUGUGAACAAGUCUGAAUGUCUUUCAUUUACACUUAAAUUUUUAAUCAAAUGUCAAGAAGCAAUUUGAACAGGUUUCUGUUGCCUAUGUGUUUGUGAAAUGUAUUUGUACUUAGUAGGCUUCCAUACUGCAUUUAACUUGUUUUUGUAACUCCUGAUUCUUUUUUUGUUCUUCCCUUUUUUUUGGAUACUAUUGAUAAAUAAAGAAAUUAAAAUAGUAA